GAGACGUGCCUCCUACACGCUGACGUCAAAAUUGCGCGCGCCAGCUUCGAAAUGGGUCACCUAGUGUGACCUUUGGAACGGGCUUUCGGACGAGCUUUUAGACGCCGUACAGCUUCCAGAAGCUCCAGCCUUCGUGAUGGCCAACACUUCCAACUAUAAGCUCAGUGCGGCUGUUUCAAACCUCAAAUAUGAUGACAUUCUCCCUUACAAGACCCAAAACGGCACCGUAACCAACGAAUUCCUGCAAAAGCUGAUCGAAAUUCUUCUGGAUUUUGUACGAGCGACCAACGACCGCAAUGAAAAAAUCCUGGAUUUCCACCAUCCAGCAGAAAUGCAAGCACUACUGGACCUCGCGAUUCCUAAUAAAGGGGUAUCACUACAGCAGCUCAUCCACGACUGCGCUACUACUCUCAAGUAUCAGGUCAAAACAGGUCAUCCACGAUUUUUCAACCAGCUUUCUUGUGGACUCGACAUAAUCUCGAUGGCAGGCGAAUGGCUAACAGCCACAGCUAACACCAACAUGUUCACUUACGAAAUCGCUCCUGUCUUCAUCCUGAUGGAAAACGUCGUGAUGACACAUAUGAGAGAGAUCAUCGGAAGUAAUUGGGUCAAUGGUGACUCAAUCCUAGCUCCAGGUGGUUCAAUAUCGAACUUGUACGCGUUUUUGGCGGCACGUCACAAGAUGUUUCCGAAUUAUAAGGAAAAAGGCAUAGCCACGAUACAAGGACAACUAGUUAUGUUCACCUCUGAUCAAAGCCACUAUUCCGUGAAAUCCUGCGCUUCAAUUUGCGGCUUAGGUACCGACAAUUGUUUAAUGGUGCCUUCGGACAUUCACGGUCGUAUGAUUCCAUCAGAAUUGGAACGUCUGAUCCUUGAUAGGAAAGCCAAGGGUCACAUUCCCUUCUUCGUUUGUUGCACUUCCGGAACUACAGUCUUGGGAGCUUUCGAUCCGAUCAACGAAAUUGCCGAUAUUUGCGAAAAAUACGGCAUGUGGCUGCAUGUUGAUGCCGCUUGGGGUGGAGGUCUGCUCCUGUCCAAGAAAUACCGACAUCCAAGGCUAAGUGGAGUCGAACGGGCCGAUUCAGUGACAUGGAACCCCCACAAACUGAUGGGCGCACUUUUACAGUGUUCCACCAUCCAUUUCAAAGAGGACGGAUUAUUGAUGAGUUGUAACCAGAUGUCUGCGGAUUAUCUCUUCAUGCAGGAUAAACUGUACGAUAUCAAGUACGACACCGGCGAUAAAGUCAUUCAGUGUGGCCGUCAUAACGACAUCUUCAAAUUGUGGCUGCAGUGGAGAGCUAAGGGCGACGAUGGCUUUGAAAAACACAUGGACCGCUUGAUGGAACUGUCCGAAUACAUGGUAAAACGUAUUAAAGAACAACCCGAUAAGUUUUACUUGAUCAUGGAACCGGAACUAGUCAAUGUUAGUUUUUGGUACAUUCCGACCCGUCUCCGCAAAAUGCCGCAUUCGCCGGCCCGUGAACAAGAGCUCGGAAAAAUGUGUCCCAUUUUGAAGGCUCGAAUGAUGCAAACUGGAACUCUCAUGGUUGGGUACCAGCCAGAUGACAGAAGGCCCAACUUUUUCCGAAAUAUUAUUUCUUCGGCUGCUGUGACCGAAAGUGACGUUGAUUUCCUCCUGUCUGAAAUGGACCGACUUGGGCACGACUUGUAAACUACUCAAUUGUUGAAUUGUUGUUUUCGUUUGUUGUACUUAUUUAUUCGUGUUAUUCCUAUCUACUCAGCCUGUUUCUGCUAAAAUUUUCUCUCAAAUUAUGAUAUUAGUUCGAUUAGGUGUGUAGUAGAGAAAUAUACAAACAUAUCAUCGCGUUUUUAAUUUUUUCGGUCCAGAAAUGGCCGAAAUAAUUCAUUUGUUCCUUAUCUUAUCAUAAAACUAACUCGUAUUGUUAAUAGCACACUUUAUUUGUGUUAAUUGAAUGACAAAACCUUGAAAGGUCAAUUACCAAUUUACGUUAAAUUGAAAGUCAAUUAAAUCGCUCGUUUAUUAAUAGGUAAACUUAGGAAUAGAAAAUUAGGUGCCAAAAAUAUAGGGAGUUUCGUUUCAAAUUGUCCACUCUGGACAAACUUAACCGAAACCUGCUUUAUAACAAAAUUAGAUAAUUUGGACGCAGACGAGUUAAUUUAUAAAAAGUAAAGUCAACCAAUUUUAUCAACUAAAAACAUAUCAGCUAGAGUAGUUUCGUAAAAAUAAGUUGAGAGAAAAUUUUUCGACGUAAAAAAUCUCGAUGUGUUAACAUUUGUGAUAGAAGUUGAUUUAAUCGAUGUCCAGAUUUUAUCAUUACUUAUAAUUUAUUAAACCAUUGUUAAAUAAUGUCUUAAAUGUAAAAUAUUGCAUUAGAAAAUACCAAAAAACACUAAGUGUGCGUAGCGUAUAUUUCUAAUAUGGUAAAAAAUGUGUAGCUGACGCAAUAAUGUUGUAUAGAAAAGUUUCGAGUUUAGUUCGCUAAAUUAGAACUAAGUCAAAUGGUGCUUUUUCUGUUUUGUUCCAUUUAUUUUCUUCACUAAACACUAGAAAGAGUCCUACAAAAUUAGGGGAAGCACCAGUUAUAUUUUACGGUCCAAAGAAAACAUAUAUAACGAGUUCAAGUGAGUUGUUAUAGAUGUUUAUAUGGUUAGAAAUGAAAUGUAUAAAAUUGUUGAAACUGCCAAAUUAUAGCAUAUUCGUUGUUUA